AUGAAUGAUAUUAGUCAUAUUGGUACUGCAUAUAUUCUUCCAUCUUCUUAUAUUGGAAGUCCGCGACAUAUGCAGGAGUACAUUCAAGAUGCUAUGGCUUAUGUUCAUGCAUAUGGCAGACCUGAUCUGUUCAUUACUUUUACGUGCAAUCCCAAAUGGAAUGAAACAAAAAAAUUGUUGAUGCCGGGACAAACAACGAUGGAUAGGCAUGAUAUAACUGCGCGAGUUUUUAAACAGAAGUUGAAAUCAUUGAUGAAUUUGAUAACGCAUCAUUCUGUUUUUGGUGAAACACGCUGUUUGUUAUACUCAGUAGAAUGGCAAAAGAGAGGUUUACCUCAUGCACAUAUUUUGUUGUGGUUAGUUGAUAAGGUACGUUCUGUAGAGAUUGACAAUAUUAUCUCAGCAGAAAUUCCUGAUAAAAAUGUUGAUGAGAAAUUGUUCGAUAUUAUAACUACUAACAUGAUACAUGGUCCAUGCGGUACACUCACCAUUAUGUCACCAUGCAUGGUGAAUGGAAAAUGUACAAUACAUUUUCCAAAAUCACUUCAAAACGAUACUAUCACCGACAUUGAUGGUUACCCCGCUUAUCGGCGACGUGACGUUGACAAUGGUCGACAAUGUUUUGGAUUGCGACUGUCGAAUGGCGGGGUAAUAGAUGUUGUUAAUCGAUGGGUAGUUCCUUAUUCGUCUUUGUUAUGCAAAACCUAUAAAGCACAUAUAAAUGUCGAACUGUGCAGCUUGGUGAAGUCAAUAAAAUACAUAUGCAAAUAUGUUCAUAAAGGGAGCGACAAAGCAAUAUUUGCAAUUAAAAGUAUUAAUGAGAAUGAUGAAAUAACUCGAUAUCAAAUGGGUAGAUACGUCAGUAGCUAUGAAGCUAUCCGGCGUAUUUUCGGUUUUCCCAUACAUGAAAGGAAACCAUCUGUGGUACAUUUGGCUGUGCAUUUGGAGAACGAUUGGGUACCUAGAAAACGAGGUAUUCCUGUUUCAGGAUUCGAAGGCAUAUAUAUGACAAACAAUUUGGGUAGAUUGUAUACUGUUCAUCCUAAGCAACGAGAAUGCUUUUAUUUACGUUUGUUGUUGUAUAAUGUCAUAGGAUCAAAAUCAUUCCAAAAUUUGAGGACAGUCAAUGGUAUUUUAUAUGAAACUUUUUAUGAUGCGUGCCGUGAGUUGCACUUAUUGGAGAAUGAUGAUGAAUGA